AUAAACUCUGACUUUAUUUCAAACCAAAAAUCAAAACAACAUAAUAAAAUAAAAACACCAAAACAAAAGUAACAAUGAACAAAAAGUAGUCAGUUGAAGUAAAACGUAUCUAUCUGUCCAUAUCGUGUGUUAUUUCUACAAAUUCUCACAUGUAUUUACAAGUAAUGUACAAACAACGAAGCCCAGUUUGUUCACAAUCCAAAUAUCCAUCCACCCAACAUUUCUUCUUCCAUAUACCUGCCAAAAUAUCUUAAAUGUUAGAAUAAUAUAAGAUUAAAUAUGGUAAAAUCAUAUAGUUUAAAUGUGUGUAAUAUUAAAUAAAGUUUAUUAUUGAACCAAAUCAAUGAAUUAAUCUAUAGUCACCUCUAGUUAGAAUGAAAGUAAAAUAUUCCCAGUACUACUCCGCCCUUGCCGCCACUUGAAAAACGGCACGGCGAUAAUACAAAAUGGAGCGCACCCAAAGUCGGCCGACCAAAACUUACACGGCGUUAAAAACAGAUCGAUCGACGGCGGGCUGAAAAAAACCGUUGGUGUGUUUUCUUCUCCGCCAUUACGAAUUAAUUCAAUAUUAACUAAACAUUGAUUCACGUGUUUUAUUCGUCGAGUCGAGUUAAUGUCGAUGAAAGUAGUUUUAUUUCCUCCCAACCGUCCGGAGAGAAACUCCGCGUUAGUUCAUGUACGGGAGCCGGAAAGUAACGACUAGAAGGUAGCUAGGUAAGCUAAUGUUUAGCUUUAAUCUGAGGAGCUGCCCACUUUUCCCUGACGGUUCAGAUGGCUGUACGCUGGCUAUGCAGCCUGUUUGGGAAGCCCUUUGAUGGCGGGAAGAGGAUGGACCAUGGCGGUCCGCAGCAGCAGCAGCAGCAGCAGCAGCAUCCGAUGGAGCAGCAGUAUCAUCAGCAGCAGCCCUAUCAUCCGCAGCACCCCGCCAUGAUGCGGCUGUACGAGGUCCAGAAGGAGGUGGCGUCUCUGGGGCCUCAGGUGUGCCACUUCAGCGGCCUGCAGAACGACCGAGACUACAAGCGUCUGGAGCGAGAUCUGACGCGGCUGCUGCUGGAGGUGGACCAGGUGGACACGGAGGGCAAGCCGGAGCUGCAGGGGGCGCGAAAGAGAGCGGCACAGGAAGUGGAGGGGCUCCUGCGUUACCUGGAGGAGAACGCCUCUCAUCCAUCUCGUCAGGCCAUCGAGGAGCUGAGCAACGAGGCUCGGCAGCUGGUGGACGAGCGCGUGGUGGCACCUCAACGUGACGGAGGGGUGGCCGAGAUAAACGACGAGCUGGUGGACGCUCUGCAGGAGAUCAUACUGAGGCUCACCCAAGUCAAGACCGAGGGGAGGGUCCCGCUCCGCAAGGCCCGGUACCGGGCGCUGACACGCCUGUGCGCCGUGCAGGACGUGAUCGAGGGGCGCACUCAGCAGCAGACCCUUUCCCUGCCGCUGUCCGGGGACACCCACGAGGCCGUGCACCGCAUCAACCAGGUGAUGGUGAAGGUGAGCGUGGCGCGCAGUCAGCUGGUGGCGCUGCUGAUGGGCCUGAGUGGGAGGGACAGCUGCGCCCACCUGUCUCGAAUCCUGACGGAGAUGCAGGUGGAGCUCGACGCUCUGGACGUUUCCGGGAACGCAGCGAUCAGAAAUUACCGGAAACAGGUCGUGGAGGAGAUUAACGGGCUGCUGAAACAUCUGGACCUGGAGGGGGAGGGAGACGACACUCGCAGGUACGACUUGGCGCAAAACAACUCCAUCCGUGAGAUCGAGGCGGUGCGAGCUCACGUCUCCCACCUGAGAGAGGGCGUCCUGCGCCACUGCGUGAUGGGCGACCUGAGCUUCAGGCCCAAAGCCGAGCUGCAGAGCCUUCUCACCCACCUGGACGCGGUGGACACGGCCAAGAACCCGUGCAUCAGAGAGGCUCGCCGCCGCGCCGUGGUGGAGGUCCAAGCCAUCAUCACCUUCCUGGACCUCCGCGAGGCCCUGGCACGCCGCCAGCCGGGCCCCCAUGAGCAUCCAUCGCACCGCUCCGUGUGGCUGGUCCUGGGGAGCCUGUCGGACCUCCAGGCGCAGGUGCUCGGGUUUGACGGGAAGCGGGCCGACAAGAGCUACAUGAUGCUGGAGGAGCUGCUGACCAAGCAGCUGCUGGCGCUGGACGCCGUGGACCCGCAGGGCGACGAGAUGACCAAGAUGGCGAGGAAGCAGGCGGUGAAGUUCGCCCAGAACAUUCUCAACUACCUGGACAUGAAGACGGACGAGUGGGAGUAUUGAUCCAGUCGAAAACACGGAUCACAGUCGGGUGGCCGUGUUUCUCGGAUGGGACCGUCGCUGCAGGAAAAGAAGGAGAUGAUAAUGAGUGUAAAUUUAAAAAGAAAAAAAAAAGAAACGUUGUCAUUCCAUGGGCUGUAUAUAUAUUGACUCAAACCCCCAGAAUGCACUGCUGCAGCGCUUUUCUUUCGUCUCUUUGUGGUAGUUGUGGCCGAACCCGCUGAGAAGUCAACAACACAGAACUCCUUUUGUGAAACACUUUGACUUUUUUUUUUGUGCUUUUUUGAAGAUUUUCUUUUUAACUCUCCCGACGUAUGAGUGUGUGUGAGUGAAUGUGUGUGUGUUUGUGUGUGUGUGUGUGUGCGAGUAGUCGUCUGUCGUCGUCGUCGUGUUUGGUGUGUGGUCGUCGCAGCCUGCUGCCAAAGCACUAAAUAAUGCCUGUUAUAGUGGUCGUACCCUCCAGACUGCACUUGAUAUCGAUGGAUUGCUUCGCUGUGGCCGUCUGGCCUGAUUUAAUAUGAGUGUCAGUGGUGAACGGAGCCAGCACGUGUUAAAUACUGUGACCUAAUUAGAGAAAGUCGUCUACUGCCGCUGAAAGACGUGGGCUCGUACCGGGUCAUGAUCCCUGUUGACAAAAGUGCUGAUUUUGGGUGAUAAAUGUCAAACUACAAACUGCAAGGAGAUUUCCGAGCAGUUUGUAUUGAAAUCAAAUUCGAUCAGAUUCUUUUUGGCAAAGCAGAUGGUGGGAACAAAUGUCGAAUGGGAAAUCAAAUUAAAAUCCGCAUUGAAAUGUGCUUUUAAACACAAUUUACAGGGAUUUUUUGGGGGUUGGGGGAAUUUUUAGAAGGUGAAACAUGAGAGGCUGUGUUGACCAACAUCAGGCUGGUGUUGAAGCCAGACAAUCUGUGUUUAAACAGAGAUGUAAUUAGAGGGAGAACAGUGGGAGUUUGCAUUAUUGAUGUAAGGUCAGCCUCCACUCCUGCGUGACCCUGUUUAUCCCCUCAGCAUUUGGUCCGCGGCUCUGGUAGCGCUCCAGUUCACACGACUUUGGCAAACUCUCUCUAAAGCCCGCAGCUGUCGUGGGCAACCGGUCAAAUUUUAAAAAAAAAAGAUAAAAGCAGUGGCCAGAAUGAAAUGUCCGCGUCUUAGUUUUCUGUAAACCUUGGACACGUUUCAUCAUAUCAGCAUUUCUUCGAUUUGUCAUAUCGCGUCCAGACGUGUUAGUGGUAACGAUUCUGGAUAUUUUUGAUGAGAUGUCGGGAAAAAUUCUGCUGCGUAAGCGCCAACAAAACUGGAUAUCUGCGAAGAAAAAUGUGGACAAUCUUCAGCCGUGUUAGUGGCAACAACAUCUGAUAUUUUUACGAGAUUUGAGAGUAAUUUCCAGUCCUAGUUGGACAAGACGUCAGGAAAAAGUCCAGCUGUUCUUGUGGUAAAACAUCAUCUUUUCCAAACUUAACAAGUGUUUUUUGUGGCUAAGUCUACCCAGAUCACAAGCACCGCGUUGUCUCAACGUAGAAAACUGAUCAUUAAAAAAAAACAAAGUUUCAACAUAUCCUCAGUUUGCAGAGACACCAACAUUUAUUCUGCUGACUGUGUCAAAAGAAAAAGGCAGUCCUCGUCACCGAGGCAUCGAUGAAGGAUGCAGGAAACUAUAAAUCUGUGUGGAGAUGUUGAGGCAGCCUGCCAGCCAGCGGUGAGCAGGAUGUCUCACAGAACGCAGGAUGUUUGAAAAGAUAAAAGUCCCCUUCCCCCUCGCUGCUUGUGUAGCUGUUAGUCUGUAACGUGCUUCAAAUGUUUGUUGUGACUCUGUAUGAUUGCGCCAGGCUAUAAAUGGAUCAGGUUCGAAUUCAGAGAUCGAGGAGAGGAGGCGAUAUUUUGCUGUUGCUGCUGCUUUAGGUUUUUUUUUUGUUUUCUACCCACUGCUUUCUACUGACGGAGAAGUGCGACUGUGAGAGCUCCCCGGGGAGAGGAAGACGAGGGGAGGCUGAGGCAGAGAUAUCCACUGGAUUGACACAUCAAGGCUGAAGCGCGCAGGGCCGGCAGUCGGGUCCUGUGCGGUAGAGAGUAUUGAUGGUGAUCGCAGUCGACGGAGCCUUCUAGAAACUUCUCGAAGCUGCUGCUCGAGACGGUGGGAGGGAGGGAGGGAAAGGACUGGAAGAGAAGUCCAAAUCCCUGUGCCUUUAUUUUCACCCUUCCCUUUGAGCUGGCUGGUGUAAAAGCAGCCUUGUAGUGCAGAGAGUGAAUGAGGAGCAAGCAGCCGCUCGAUAACGCUGAAGCACCGAAUGUGUUUACGGAGAGCACCUCGGCCGCUAAUCAGCGCGAGGAAUUUGCACUACUAUGUCAGAAAUCGAGGCAUUUUUUUCGAAUCAGUAUUUAGACUAAAGGUGGUGGUGUUCUGGUCAAUACUUUGUGGUUACAAACGCUCUCGGCAGCAGGCAAUAAAAUGAGUCACAUCGUGCUUUCGCACUGCAAACAGCCUCGCUGAUGGGACUUCUCAAAAAAAAAAAAAAAAACCAGUAGCUGAAAUUCAACGGACAAAAAACAAAAUAAUGAGGCGAUUAAAUUACCUCACAGCUCCCUGCUGACUUCUAAAAACAAACCAACCGUUCAUGAAGAGACGUUUCUGUGGCGUUAACUUCCGCAGGAGACUUUUUUUUAAAUUGUAAAGCUGCUUCUUGACUUUAGAAUCAGCCUCAGUCACAUCUCAUUCAGUAGCUGUUCAGGAGAUUUCAGUCAUUUUACAUCAGCAGAUUGAGUUCAUCACCCUGCUUCCUUUAACUCUACAGAGCAUUUUAGCAUCUUUCAGCUCUUUGUUUUCAAUUCUGAAUCCUUUAAGUGUUCAGAACGAUCGGCACCUCACAGCUACUUAAUGAACCUUGAGGUGAGGUUGUUGUUUUGUCAAGAAGUGGAAGAUUGAGUGUUUUUGGCUCUAAUCAGUUUCUCUUUCGCGUCGCUCGCCAACUUACUCAUGACUUAAAAAUACCUCAGCAGGAAAAGAGAGGAGCUUUUGGAUCGUUAUCUUAUUGACUGUUGACAGCUUGACGAUCCUGUAAAGUUUAACUGAGUCUGACGUUUCUUGGCCGAGGAGACGUUUCAUCAGCAGACCGUCCCUGUUCUCAGCUCUGUGGGGACGUUUUGGUUUUUUUUUCCCUCUGACUUGCAGUGCGAAACACAAAAACGUCAAACUUCUCAAUAGUUCCCCGGCAACAAGUUACACAAAUGUAAUUAAAGCAACAAAGCCGAAGCAAAUCUUUGUUGCUCAUCCGAGCUGCUGAGGAGGGGGGUUGUCGCGUGUAUCACUGCUUUUUGAAAACACAAAGACGUGUUCCAGUGAACUCCCACAGACCCUUUUUAUGUGUAUUAAGCUGCUGUUGGAAGUAUUUUCUGGCACGUAGCCUGCAGCUCGGCCUCCUGGGUACAGAGCUGACUCAUACGGGAGAAAAUUAGAUUAAACAGCGUUCAUUAAACAUCGUCAGCCUGCCGUCCUGCCCGCCUGCCUGCCUGCCUGCCUGCCUGCCUGGCUGUUGUUGUUGCAACAGAUGCUUUCUCACAGCGAACCUUAUGCUCUCUCAGACCAAACCAACCCGAACACACCUUAAGUUCACAUGCUCUUUUUUGUAUGCAGUGAUAUAUAUGAAGAUAUGUACAUUUACUCCUCGCAGUUAGAUGCAUUUCUGUACAUUGCUUCCUCUUUUUAAACACUCGUUUUGAAUAAUUUAUCAGAAGUUUUACACUAUAUGGAGAAAUGUUACUUAGAUCCUUUUCUGUCUUGUCAUCUUAGUGUCUCAAAGCCUCUGGGUAAUUUUUUUUAAUUUUUUUUUUUUUUUAUUAUUCAGUAUUAGCGGCGCCUCUGUGAGUGGGCGUUCUGGCAACCGUACAAAUUUAUACUCUGUGGUUCGUAAGUACAAAUUUUAAAGAGGAGGAUGGCAGCGUGGUAAAGCACCAUUUUCUAAAUAUCUUACAGAGAGAUGGAGCGAGUUACCCGUCAGAGAUUCCCAAAUAUCAACACUACUCCCUUUUAUUCUGUGAUGUAAAUACAAAAAAACGGGUCCUGGUCCCAAAGCGAUUUUACUUCUGAAUAAUUUAAAGGUGCAAUAUGUAAGAAUUGACCACCGGUCGAAGGUGGGCGCUGCGUUUUAUUAGCUCAGUUAGCGGCGCAGCUAGCAGACGAGACUGGGAGCUUUGGGUAGCAUUACGAGGUUAGCGUGCUAACUUCAUCGGAUCUUUCUGCUGUUAAACCUGAUAUUACUUCACAUUCGCUUGGUCAUUUCAGUGUCAAAACAAAAUUAAGAAAAUAAAAAUGUAAGAAAAGGAGCAUUUUUUACGAGAGUAAUUGCUAACUGCUGCUAACUAUUAGUCGGCUAUGCAGCUAGCGGUCCAGACUCGCUAGCAUAACUGCUUUGGGGUUAGACAGGCCGAGGCUAGCUGGUUAGCAUGCUAUCGUCCGUAGAUAUCUCUGCAACACAACUUAAUAAAUAUAAUGUUAGUUAAUCUUUCUUACAUAUGGCACCUUUUAAGAGCUGGAAUUGAUCAACAUAGUUCUGAUACAUUUUUUUGCGGCCGUUACACAAGAAAGGACAAAUCGAUUUUAUAGGUUUAGAAAAAAAGGCAAAUAAAUUUCUACUUUAAUGAAUCUCCCUGCAUGAGUGUGGAAGUUUGUCAGAUGGUUUGUACUCAGAGGAAAGUCUUGGACCAACAUUUUAAAGAAUAAGGCAGAUGAUAAUUUGUCUUUUUGUUAAUGUCGAGAAAUCCCAUUAAAAGACAAAAAACAACAGCUAAUCUAUAUAUAAUCUAUAUAUUGUAAGGAUUUAAUUACUGUUAGUUUGGUCUUUUUAUGGGAUUUGUUGAAAAGAAGGAAAAAUUAUCUUAAUGAAACCUUUGUUUAUAUACAGUUUUUAAAAAGAACAGGAUGAUGGGGAUGUUAGUUAUUCAAACAAAGGCAGGAAUAUGUUUGUAUGAUAAUUAAACUGAUGGUUGGUUUGGAUUAAUAUAUUCAAAUAUUUAAACCUCUCAGUUCGUCCAGCCUUCAUCCACAGUCAUCUCUGCAGAGACGCUCUUUCAGCCUCGACUCUCAGCUGGAACCGCUAAAAGCAGCUGGAGGUCACGGAGAGUCGCUGGAGUCCAUUAGUCAAGAGUUUAAAAGAUUCAGAACCAGUGGGUAUUGAAAGGUUACAGGACGGUGGAGCGAGUGGCUCGCAGGCUUUGAAGAUUUUCAUUUUCCUCUCCCAGAUUGAAUGUAGUCACUGAGGAAUGUCUUGUCUUUGUAUUUCAUUGAACCAAAGUUGAUUUCCAAACUGAAUCUUGAAUUUGACGUUAUGACGAUGCUGUGUGAGCGUUUGUUAGGUUGCUGUUGGAUGAUCAGAGGCCGUUUGCACCAGCUGAACGCAAGUUUGAUCAUAGAUUUUGAGUUAAAAGUCGAGGAUGUGUUAGACGUGAGCAUCGGCACAAACCACGACCCUAAAUUACUGAAUUUUUGAUGAGCGUCACUUGACAGAAAUUAUGUAUUUUCAAGUGUUUCUUAACACUUUUCCUUUCGUGUCGUGCACCUUGAGAAUUGUCUCUACGCUGAUGACACUGUCAUAUAUUCACGUAGUGUCGUCAGAAAGAUAAACAUCCAUAAAUCUGGAUGCUAACAUGUAACCAAACAAGCCGUCUGGAGGAUAUGUGGCCGAUCUCCAAGUUUAUCUCAGUCUAACUUGUGUAAUCUACAUUCAAACGAAGCUACAGGACGUUUGAACUUGCAGAUAGCUGAGCUGGUGCAACUUCCUGUUAGAUCCACCAACCGAUCGUACAACGCAGGAGAGAUCUUGAUUGAUGAUUGGUGAUAAACGAAGGGUCGAGAGGUUGGAAAUGUUUGAUCCACCGAGAGAGCAGAUAAUCUUCCUUACUGAGCUUUAGCAAAAAAGUUCUUUAUUUAAGCGCACUUUUUUCACGUUCCUUAGUCACAGUUUGUUGUAACUGCUUUGCCUUUUUCUUUUUCUUUUUUUUGCAAAUGACAGGAAUGUGUCCUGUGACUGCAGAGGUGAUGCAUUGCUCUUCUUUUUUUUGGUUUCCAAAUGUGUUUUUCUUAAGUCGCCUUUUUAAACUGCAUUGAUUGUGACAGGCUUUAGCUGUUUCUCCUCCGAGACGCACUUGUACAAAAAAAAAAAAAAAAAAAAAAGCACACCGAGACUGGAAAAAAACAAACAAAAAUAAGCCGUGUGAAUGCUCCAUGGAUGGUUGUGUUUUGAAUUUGUAUUCCCACUGCAAAAUAAAGACAGCGUGUCUUCAUCAG